UUUAAAACUGUUUAUCAUUCAUUGUGUUCAAGCUGCUGUACAAGAUUUAUUUAGAAUAAAAAGGUUGGCCAAAAAUCUGCCUGCCAAUCAUUUUCAUAAUUUUUUUACCAUAAUAUCAAAACGACACAAUCACAUUUAUGAGGUUAUUAUUUUUUGUAUUGAUAUAUAAUUAGGAUAAAAUUAAUUGAUUUAUUUUUGUGCAUAGAAUAAGUACGUAAAAGAUAAUAAAAUGAAAACAAUUAGUGUACAACAGCCGAUAAAUUUAAAAGUGGUGAAACUAGAAUUGGACUUCAGUGCAUUUGCUUCUUACUCUAACACAGAACCUCAAAGUAAACCAAAGAAAAUCAAAAUACCUAAAAUUGAAAAUGUAAAACACCGUUUGACAGUUCCUCCACCGCCGCCUCCACUGAUAGAAAACUGUUCUCAGAAAAAGGAUGUCAAAGAACUAAUUGAAACUCUACUCGAUGACUUAUACGCAGAACAGAGGACUUGGAGCAACGGCAGUGCCGUGGACUAUAGUCAUGGAUCCACUUCAGCCGCUUCAUUAGCCUCAACUUACUCAAAUUAUGGCGAGCAAACAGACGCCAUCGAGCGCAGUUAUUUAGACUCUUUGGAUAUAAAUGAACUCAGACAGCAGAUAAAUGAAUGGGAAUACAGAUUACAAGCGACAGGCGAGCGAUUAGCGAAAAGUGUUCGUGUUAGGGAUCGCCUGCGGAGGCAACAGAAGAGAAUAUGUGCCGCUUUCACCGUGCUUUUACGGCAUAUCACAGGGGAAAGUGGCGCUCGAUUCGGAGUGGGCCCGGCCGGCGGGGGCGAAGGCCCCGGCGAGGGCGGCUACGCAGAAUGGCUGCAUGCCAUGAGAUUGGUAGCGAGGCUACCUGCCGGUGUACCACAACACUUCCGAAAAAAGCUAUGGCUAACGUUGGCGGAUCGCCACUUGACGGCGAGAGGAGUGGAGUGGACGUCAGCAGAGCGAGCCUGCUUCCGCGGCACAGCACAGCCCGAUGACACAGAACUGGGUGCACAGAUUCUCAAAGAUUUGCACCGUACCGGCUGCUCCCUUUUCUGUGGCACCGAAGGGAGAGAGAACCAAGCAAUGCUACGUAGAGUAUUAUUGGCAUAUGCAAGAUGGAACAAAGACGUUGGAUACUGUCAAGGCUUCAAUAUGUUAGCAGCUAUUAUUUUAGAAGUAAUGGACAAAUCCGAAUCGGAUUCUUUAAAGGUUAUGAUUUAUCUAGUAGAGGCUGUUCUUCCUGAAGGUUACUUUGCCGACGAUCUUCGAGGAUUAUCAGCAGAUAUGGCUGCUUUCAGAGAUCUUUUAAGGCUGCGUCUGCCGCGUUUGGCUAAUCAUAUGGAUCAUUUACAGAGAAUAUCAGAUGGCGGAGGUGUGGAACCUCCUUUACCUGAUGUGUUUACAAUGCAAUGGUUCCUCACGCUUUACGCCACGUGGUUGCCGCGUGAAUGUUUGUUGAGAAUUUGGGAUCUCGUUCUACUGGACGGGAAUGAAGUUCUGCUGCUCACAGCCCUUGCUAUCUGGGAUAUGUUGCAAGACCGAAUCCUUUCAGCGAGAUCAGCAGAUGAGUUUUACAGCUGUAUGGGUGGUGGGGCGGGCGAGGUCUGGGCAGCCGGUGAAAGCUUAGUUGCAAGAGUAGUAGCAUUUGGUUCAGCACCUGAGCUGCCGCGCCUGCGAAGCCUCCACAGAUACAGGGUAACGCCGCCGGUUCCACCCACUGCUCCGACAUACCAACCUCCAUUACACUCAGCGAUGCAAUCAAUGACGAAACGUGGGCUUCGUUUAUUCUAUUCCGAAGAUGAAGGAGAUUCAAGUGAUGACGGAAAUAAACUAGCAUUAGCAACGGUGAUACCAAGGCGUGAGGAUCGCUUGGGUGCUGGUGAUCGACUUUCAUUGGAUAUAGGAGCUUUAAAACGUCAGUACGCUCGUCUUCGUGAGAGACAAAGACAAGCGCAUGUUAUUUUAGCUGCAGCAUGUGCUCGUCAUGCAGCAGUUGGAGUAUCUACUUCCCCAACUUCUCUCGCAGUGAAUAAUCUUUUGCUUGGAAAGAACGCUAUUGUUAGUUCCCGAGGCAGAAGGCUUGGCCCGCCACCUGGAGCUAUACCUCCUUCCAGACAAGCUUCAUCACCUCGAGAUAAAACUCGUGAAACCCGAUUACGCAGUCGUCCAAAUGAAACGAUUAGCUGGAACGAAGAAAAAAAUAAAAAAUAUUUGAGCAGGCGUAAUUCAGUUAAGUGGAAAGAUAUCAAACAUGACCAAAUUAAAGAAAAAAUAAGAAAACCUUCCAUCGAUUUGGAUGAAGCUGGGGAUGGGGUUAUUGUUUCUGAAUUAGAAGCUAAUGAAAUGAUAGCAUCUUUAAGAUCACGCAGUUCGAGUGAAACUUCCUCUUAUUCUUCCCGUACAGCGUCUAGCUCUGACACAAGUCUCUGUGAUGAUAAAGAAGAUGGAAGUGACUCAGAGAACGACUUACCUGACGAUGAUAAUGCAAAAAAUACUAAAAUCCAUUCAAUCACCGAAACAUCAGUUCCUUUUAUGGUUUGUGAAGAUAAGAAAGAUUUACAUGAAAUUAACAUAAAGCAUUCACCUGAAAAGGAAAAAUAUAUAUCAACCGAAAAAUCUGUAAAGAAUAUAACAGACUAUCUUGACACUGCUGCUGGAGAACCACUUCGCACCUACAUUGACGGUUUUGAAUGUAAACUGAAAGAAAGUCCAGAAAACAGUACGUAUAAAACUAUAAGCACAUUUAAAAGUGUUUCUGCAUUAACAACAGAAAGAAAUGAAGUGCUUCAAAGACUUAGUAGUAAAUUUGAUGAUUAUUCUGAGAAUAGAUCCAAACAAUUAACAACAAAAUCUCAAAAUUUCACAGACCUGAGUCCUGUAGGUUUAUCGCCUUGUAAUUAUUCUUUGAAUAAUAAAUCGCCUUGUGAUUAUAAAUUUGAAUCAUAUUUACUACAUACUCCGAAAUCGUCUAUUUCAACUAGACCUCCAGAUAUCAUUGAUAGUCUUACUAUGUAUUCGAACUUUGUUCCUGAUAUAGAUUUGUCAGAUAAAAAUUGUUCUGAUUUAGACACUCCACCCAGAAGUCCUGAUGCCGAAAGCAUAAUUGUAAGUGAAGAUGAACCACCUAUACCACUAAAAAUUGACAAAUAUUUUGAACAUAGCCCAGAAUUUUUCGGUGCCAGAAUAACUGAUCCUAAUAAUUCAGAUAUACCAAAUCGAAGACCUAUAAAACGUCAUGCACGAGCACCCAAAAAACCAGAUUCAUUAACUUUACAUAUAAGUAGUACUGAUAAGUUAUUAAAACAUGACAAAGAGAGAGCUUCGUCCUUGCCCCAAAGCCAUAAUUUCAGCACGGCUACUCCAAGUCCUAAAACAAAACAUAGUGAAAUUAUUGAAGAAACUUCAAGUAGUGUGGAACAAAAAGAAACUUCAAUAAAAGAAUCAGAACCACUUAAAACUCCUGAUGACAUGAAAGAUAAAGAAAUUAAUUCUCCUAAAGAAAACAUCAUGAGAUCUGGUCGGAAAAAUAGUGAAAGGGCAUUACAAAUCAUCCAAGAGAAUUCUAAAAUACUUAGUAGAAUUUUAACGAAACAAAACUUGUCUGAUAAUAUCAAUAAAGCUAAAGAAACUGUGGAGGCGGGAAGAAAUUUAUCACAAACAAAAAUAAUUCCAGAAAAUAAACUUGAAAGUGAAUUAAUGGAAUCUCCUUUACUUAAGGAAUCUACAUCAGACUCAUUAAUUGGAUAUAAAAAGAGAAACAUUAACGUUAAUACUUAUGAAAAAAAUGAUUUUAUAAGAAUAAGACCUUUAUCAAUUGACGAUCCAUUUUCUUUUGAAGAUCGAAUUAUUUCACCUAAAUCUGGUCAAAAUCAAAUUAAAAUACCUAGCAAUGAGUGUUUAGGUAAUAAAACUGAUUUAUAUGGAUGGGAAAAUAAAGGAUUUCUUUCUGAGUAUAAAAGUUUUUUACCAAAGUCUGAGGGGCAAUCUGAGAGCUUUCAUUUCGAUAAUGAAGAGAAAUCGAAAGAAUUUACCCAAGAUGAUUCGCUGGACAGUGAUAAAAAAGCAAUACCGAUAUCUGAAUUAACACGUCAUUCUUUUUCCGGUGAAUCCAAAAUGUCAUCAGAACACAAAGAUACAUUUAUGUUUGAUAAAAGAUUAAUUUCUGAUGACUAUAAUUACGCUCUUUCAAGCAAAUAUAAUGAUUUUGUGUUAUCUAAAGUUAGUGAUAUCUGUAGUAAAACAGUAGAUAAGGGUCCGAAAAUUUGUGAAAAUUUAUCAAAGACUGACAACAGCCAAGUUAGUGAUUUUGCUAAUGUAGUAACCUCUUCUAUUAGUUUCACUUAUGAACCAUCCGCUGAAGAUGAUUCGCCAAUGGGAGCCAAAAGUAAUUCAAGCGAUACCUUAUGUCAAAUAACAUCGCUUGAUCAGGUAUCUACUCCGAUUUCACCUAAAAUAUUUCCCAGAGAAACGCCUACAUUACCUAAAGAUAUUUUGGACAGAAGCGAUAAAACUAAAAUAGAAUCUGAUGACACCUGCAGUGCUAUCACAUCACUUACUAUAGAAAGCGAUACAUUGUCAUCACUAUCAUAUCCUCGCAGUCCAUCCACGGGUUCAUACCAUCCAUUUCCAACACGUCCAGCAAUGCGCAUGCCGAAAGAGCUUGGUGUCAGACUAGGAAUGUAUCCAAAAGAUACAAUCAAUUCUCCGCAAAAGUAAUCAUUCGUCAUUCUGAAAACAGCAUAUUUAUUCGCGCCGCAGUACAUUUUUGACCUACACUCCCAUUUCUAAAUUCAAAGUUUCGUUCAUUCUCAUUACAAGCAUUCAGUUCGGCUGUUCCGAUUCAAGCUUUUCUUAAAUAUCUACACAUUAUUUUUUCGUAAUUAUACAGCUAAAUAAUCACUUUUUAUAAGUAUUUACGAAAAUCCCAUUAAAUUUCGUAAAUUACAGAUACUUAAUAUUGUCAUUGUUUUGAUAUUAUUGUUCUUGUUAGUAUUGUAUAGAUUGUCAAUGUAUUAUUAUAUUUAAUUUAUUUUAUAUCUACAAGUUACGACUGUUUUAUAUUUUUAGUUCUGAUGAUGUACUUAACACUUCACUUUGGAACACGUAAUGCCUAGCUAAAUUUAAGACCAAAAAUUAUUAUAUAGGUACCUACCUAAUAAUAUAAGCAAUUCCAAUCAGUGUGAGAUAGGAUCUAACAAACAUGUUGCCUUGAAUCCAAUUUAAUAUUAUUGUAACAAUCCUUCGCAAUACGAAAAAUGUAUUUUAAGGUAGAUAGGCUACUUGUUUAAAGUUAU